AUGGCUCGGAACAUCUCUCUGAAUUUUCGCGUGGUGGAGGGACGGGACCUGCCAGCCAAAGACGUGUCCGGCAACAGUGACCCCUACUGCAUUGUCAAGGUGGACCAUGAGGUGGUUGCCAGGACAGCCACUGUCUGGAGAAACCUGAAUCCGUUCUGGGGAGAAGAGUUCACCCUCCACCUGCCGCUGGACUUUCAUCAUUUGGCCUUCUAUGUUCUGGAUGAAGACACCAUUGGACACGAUGACAUCAUUGGCAAGAUCUCCCUGAGCAAGGAGACUAUUGCAGCAGCAAGCCCCCGAGGGAUUGAUAGCUGGCUCAAUCUGAGCCACGUGGACCCUGAUGAGGAGGUGCAAGGGGAGAUCCACCUGGAUGUGAAGCUAUGGACAGAAGCCCAGGGACCUCGACUCCGCUGCCAUAUCAUUGAAGCUCGAGACCUGGCUCCCAGAGACCUCUCCGGCACCUCGGACCCCUUUGCUCGCAUAUUCUGGGGCAGCCAGAGCCUUGAUACGGUGACCAUCAAGAAGACGAGGUUCCCCCACUGGGAUGAGGUGCUAGAGCUUCAUGGUGAGGAGGGCCCACUCCGAGUGGAAGUGUGGGACUGGGACAUGGUGGGCAAGAAUGAUUUCCUGGGAAUGGUGGAGUUUCCUCCUGAUGUCCUGCUCCAAUGUCCCCCCAGUGGCUGGUUCCGUCUGCUACCCUUUGCUAGUGCUGAAGAGGAUGCUGGGGGUAAGCUGGGAGCCCUACGGCUCAAGGUACGCCUGGCUGAGGAACGCAUCUUGCCUUCUGUGUAUUACCAACCCCUGAUUGACUUGCUGGUGGAAUCUGUUCUGUCCCCAGCCCAGGAUGACACUGUGACCCCUCUGGCCAUGCUGGAUGAAGUGAGCUCUGGGGAGAGCCGGCAGGAUAUUGCAACCCAACUGGUGAAAAUAUUCUUGGGUCGGGGUCUGGCUGUGCCCCUCCUGGACUACCUCAAUCUUCGGGAAGUGUCCCGGACCAAUGAGGAAACCAAGGCAGACAGAAGCGGGCUGGCUGUUGUAGGAAGGACGCAUCUGAGACAGGAUUUAGACCUUGGUGUUCUUGGCUACAAGAGCUCCAGCCACGUGACCCAGGGCUUCUCCAAGCUCGCUUGGUGUGAGCAGAGUGUGGGGGCUGGCCCGGGGCAGGUGCGGACCUCCAUCCCGGUGUGUAGGAUCUGUGCCGUGGAGAGGGUGGACGAGAAUGCCUUCCAGCAGCCGCAUAUGAUGCAGGUCAUCACAAAGAACAGGGAUGGGCAGCUGGACACCAUGUACAUUCAGUGCAAGAAUGUGAAUGAACUGAACCAAUGGUUGUCGGCCAUCCGCAAAGCCAGUGUCUGCAAUGAGGGCAUGCUGCCCUCCUGCCAUCCAGGGGCCUUCCGAGGCAACCGCUGGACCUGCUGCCUCCAGCAAGAUCGCACAGUCCAGGGCUGUAGCCGCACCCACUCGGCCGUGACCCUUGGAGACUGGAGUGACCCCCUGGACCCCGACACAGAGGCCCAGAUGGUGUAUCAGCAGCUGCUUCUGGGGAGGGACAAGCUCAGGAAGAAAUACAUUGAGUUUUCUGAGGAGAAGAUCAAGCUGGAACAGGAGGUGAUGAAGGGCCAGAGUUGCCUGGAAGAAGAGAGAUCUGGUGUUCCUGAGCAGGAAAGACCCCCCACAGCUACAGCUGCAGCCCAUCUACUGGCUGUGCUUGAGGAUCUGGAGCAGGCCCACAAGACCUUUGAGCAGCAAGAAAAGGAGCAAGUAGCUAGAGGUUCCCUUCAUUCCUAAGGUCUUUAUCCUUCAGUCCAGGACACUGUCCUCUCCCCAUUGUCCUGGGACAUUUUUUAUCAGGGAAGGAAGAGCUAACGUCCAAUGAAUAAUAAAGGGCAGGAGCCCAGAAGACAGCUGGCCUGGCCUUGUCUCUCCUCGGGGCUGCUUCCUGACUCUUCUUGCCCCUCCCCCUUACUCACUCCUUGGCUACCCAGAGAUACUGAACUGAUAAACUCACUUGCUUGAGAUGACCCCUCCAGCUUCCUGGUUGUCAUCAAGGCUGAGGUACCUGAGACCAUUGGCCAAGAAGGCUGGACUCAGCCCACAACCCACACUGGCCCAACCCCUCAGGGUUCCCUCUGGGUUGCCUUCCAGGGUAUGGUGCUCAGACCUUUCCCCUCCACUCAUAACCCACUCUGAGCUGAGGUUCCUGUGCCCCAGAUAAUGGGUAGCAGCCUGGAAUGGAGCAGGGAGCCAAGCUCCAUCUAGAGAAGUAGAGAAGACUGGGCUCCCUCUGGGGCUCAUAGAUCUAAGGAACCUCAGGAGCCAGCAGGUUCAAUCCUUCAUUUUACAGAUGAAGAAACUGAGCCUAGGAAGGUUGCGUGACUUGGCUACAUGUGGUAAGAGCCUGAGCCAGGUUUUGAACACAGGUCUUGACUCCAGAGCCAGAGGCAGACUCCUGGGAACUAGGUAUGUCACUCCAAGAGAUGGAUGAAGGAGGAUUUGAACCCUGAUUGGUAUCUCCAGGAGUGGAGAUGGGAUAGGAUGGAAUCAUUCCCAUUCUCCCUCAAGAUUGAUGGCCUCCACUGGCAGGGAGACCAGGGGGGGAACAGAAUAUUUUUCCAACCACUCCAGAUGGGGUAUAAACCUCAGUUUCCUCAACAAGCCAGUCAUCCCCUAAGUUGAUUGAACCAGUCUGACACCCAUAAGCUGUGGUGAUCCAAGGCCACGUGAUGUGGAUUCUUUUUCAGUCAUUUUGAUCCUUUAGACCACCCUCAACAGUUGCUCAUUGUGGACCCUCUGCCCCGAGGCAGGGGCACUCAACAACCCCCUCAUGUGUUUUUGAAUCCUUGUUCCUCAGUCUAAACCUGAUCAUCAAAUCCCAGACUGGGAAGAAACCUUCAGAGGCCAUCUCUUCUAACCUGUCUCCACACGUGAUUCUGAUACUUCACAACAUCCCAGACAAUAUGACAUCAAGCCUUCUCUUGGAGACCUUCAAUGAUGGGGAACUCACUACCUUCCAAGGCAACCCAUUCCUUUCUGGACUGAUGUCAUUGUUAGCAACCCUUUCCUGACAUUGAGUCUGAAAAUGCCACUUUGCAACUUUA